AUGUCUGCUAACAAAGGCUGGUGGGUGCCACCUGAGGGCGAGGAGAGUGUUUCUGGAAAGUUCCUGAGGAAGACCAAGGAGUCUCCGCUGGUGCCUAUAGGCUUAGGAGGCUGCUUGCUGGUGGCAACUUACAGGAUUUAUCGGCUGAAGGCUCGGGGUUCCACCAAGAUGUCCAUACACCUGAUCCACACCAGAGUAGCAGCACAGGCCUGCGCUGUGGGUGCCAUUAUGCUAGGCGCUGUGUACACAAUGUACCGAGAUUACAGCAAGAGGACAGCAUCGGAUGCUGGGGAGAAGUAG